AUGAGUCAAAGGAAAGUUAACAAAUCCAGAGAUACAAGGCCCGAUAUUAGUGAACUUGAACCUGCGAUAAAAGAAUGCGUCCGGUAUAUACUUUGUCGAGAAGGAGGCAAAAUACCGAUAAAACGCGGCGAUAUUAAUAAACACCUUAAUACUGUGUGCCAAACACCCCAAAAUCAAGUGUCUGCUAUUAUUGUCGAAGCUAACAAAGUUUUAAAAAAGGUAUAUGGUUAUGAACUGCUGGAGGUGGCCGCCAAUGCUGGUAAACAAUACAUAGUAAUUCUGAGUCAAGAAUGUAAAUCUAUUUUACCACCAAUCAUAGAUGAGCAUCAACGUAAAUUAUUAAUAGCAGCGCUUAUGCAUAUAUUUAUGAGUGGAGCACCAGUCAAAGAAGAGGAUAUGUAUAAAUUCCUGACGGAUGCUGGUUUACUAGAAGAAAACGACCAUGCCAGCCGAAAGCUAUUAACCACCACAUUUACUAGGCAGAUGUACUUAGAAUAUUCUAAAGUUAAAGUUACGGAAAGCAAUGUUACAAGAUGUGAAUUUACGUGGGGUCAGAGAGCCGAGCACGAAGUUUCGAAGUUGUUCUUACUUAACAAAAUGGCUGAGGCUUUUGGGAAGACUCCUGAUCAUUGGUGUGAACAAUAUAAAGAAGCAACCAGAGAAACAUAG